AUGCGAACAGCGUACGGCAGCGAGAACGAAGAGACAAACCGGUUCCUUGCAGGCCCGACGCGCGUCGUGCUCGCGGCCAAGCCCAAGAAGAAGUCGUCCAAGGCGCGCCGUGUCGCGGCCGCGGUCGGCGUCACCUUCAUGGUCGCCUGCGCCGUCGGCGCGUACGCCACGCUUGGUACGUCCCAAGCGGGGUCGCAGGCCAUCCAGCAGUCAAGCCUCGAGGCGACGAGUGCGAUUGAAGCACACCUGGACAGCACGAGCUCAAACAACGGAAGUAUCAACAGUGUCGAGACGUCACUGCGCACAACGCUGCAAAUGA